AUGAAGAAAGCUCUUAAUCCCAUGAUCAAAAACUCAUCGUGGGGAUUUCGGAGUUGCUAUGAACCAUAUGACGAUGCGCUAUGCAGUAUUGAGAUCAAGAAGGACUAUACCCCGUCGGCAAGCUGUAAAUCAACUCUGCGCACGUUCCUCAAAAUAGCAAACACGUGUGCAACGCCGGGAACAAAUUGCGCUGGAUACAAUGAGGAUGGAGAACUGGUGAAUAUUGAUACUUUUUGUACUCAUGGGACGGCUGCGCAGACCGAUAAGGAUGGGCAAGUGAAAAGUAUUGGAUUCGAGACGAAUGAGUUAACGGAAUGCCGCGCUUUAGCUGGCAACUUUCAGGUUUGCAUGGACGUCGGUUCUCGGACUAUGAAGUUGUCUCAAUCUGUGUGUUUAUCUGGCGAGUGGACGGGGUACUGUAAAUACGAUUUGGUGAAGAUUACCCCGUCAUCAGCUUGCCGCGAUGUAGUGAUCCCAUCGAUAAUAUAUGCAGCCUUUGCUGAUGUGAACCUCGUCAACAGGUUGGGAUAUGACGGGCAAGAAGAAGCAUUUUGCCGGUUGACGUAUGGAUUGUACAUGGCAAGACUCACACGACGCCGUGGUGAUUUGGUGAGCAAGAUUAGCGCAGCAUAUGAUUUGUUGCAGUCUUGUAAUUCGUUGCUUGCAUAUUGUGAGCAGGAGUACAUUGCUCGUUCGGACAAGAUCGCGAAUCGUUUCUUGGGAGAGGUGAGUGCGGUGAGGGACUCGCUGGGUCAGUAUGUAAAAAUGGAUGUGAAUGAUUUGGCACAAUACCGUGAUCCGAUGGGUUACGAUACGACUAAGUUAUAUAUACGUGCAGAGGAUGGCCAGGAAUUUGAAGACCUCAUGGAGCGAAUUGACCAUCUUGUCACCUACUAUGACUCUCACUUGGCUUUGGGGGAAAUUGCUAAAGACCAGUGGGAUCGACCGGUACUGAGUGCCGUGAGACAGCGUCUCGAGAGCAUCGAAUCCGUAGAGGACAUGAUUAGUCCGAUUGUUGCGCCUCUGAACAACAUUUUGCAACAGGCCCAUGAUGCGUGGACAAAAUACCCAAUAGUUCUCAAGACAGAUAACACUCUCAGCGACCUCGCCAACAUGGUCAGCCAAAGCAAUGCCGCCUUCAUGUCUACCCCCGAACCGCCAAAAACCGUCUAUCUUAAUGACGCGUUGGCGAACUCCACUAUCGCCCACUCCAUUGCGCCUUCCCUGAUACAAACCAAGUCCAAUGCACUGCUGCAAGUUACCACUACAGUCAAUAAACUCAGCGCAGACGUCUGUAACGUUUGCUCCGAUCUCGAACAACAUUACUGCUCCGCGGACGCCAUCACUGCGCAGUCCGGCAACGCUUUUCUCGCUGCCGAUUUGCUCAUAAAAACUCAACUACAGCUAUAG